UAGUGCUUUGGUAUAGGGACAGAAUCUCUGUAGUCUGCUAAACUCAGGAGCCCUGAUGUGACGUCCUAUUGUAUAAUGCCACUAUGCAUCCCGGUGAGACUCUCUGCACUAUUUGCAUGGACAUUUUGGCAUAAAAUGGACAGAUGGAGUGAAAACAGUGAAGUUUGAUGUCAUUUGGACGAAGUUGUCUUUUGAACUUUGAAGACGGCCCAGACUCCAGGUGCUCGCGCUGUCCUCACACACCAGCUACUCCACGUGGGGAUCAGUAGGGAGAAACACACGUGAAAACCGGGGCCCUCGAUAUUGCACUUUCAUAACUGUAUCUGACUAUAGGCGUUGCUUAAAUGGUGCGUUAAAGUGCAACUCGUUCAGAUUUGUUUUGUAACGUGAAAUUGUCACUGAAAAUGCCGACUUAAACACUUGUCCGUGACAUUAAAUGACAGUUAUUUUAUUUCAAACAUGUACGCGGUUAUUUCCAUAGAUUUUUUUUUUCCAUUGGAGGUUCAGAAAGCUCACUAGGCUCAUUUCUACUUUAGUUAAACACUCCGCCUCUUGUUGUGCAUUUACACCUGGGAACAGGUGGAGACAGUUUAGUGAAACACAGAACAGCUUCAGCAGUCUUGGCUUUACAUGAUGCAAGCCAACUAUACAUUUAGUGAUUGAAGUCGUCCCUGAGUGAACACGGUGUACAGAUGGGUACAGACAGCAGCCUCAGAGCACCCAUCAAUAUGGAGACUACAAAGGCAGACAGCAGGCGCAAUCCUUUGGCCACUGCCAGCUUUUUUUCAAGGGUCUUUUUGUGUUGGUUAAACCCCCUGUUAGAGCUUGGCCAAAAACACAGGCUCGAGAAAGGUGACAUGUACAGUGUCCUUCCGGAGGAUCGGUCUGAAACCCUGGGAGAGGAGCUGCAGAGAUGUUGGAACGAGGAAGUAAAAAAGGCUUCAAAGGAACUACGGAAGCCGCAGCUCUCCAGGGUUCUUAUAAAGUGCUAUGGAAAGUCCUAUGCAUUAGCCGGCCUAUUUGAAUUUUUUCUGGAGGCAAUCAAAGUGAUCCAGCCACUUCUUCUGGGAAAAAUAAUCCUUUUCUUUGAGAAUUAUCACCCAGAGGAUCAGAGGAGUCUUUGCAUGGCGUAUGUUUACACUGCUGCGAUGUCCAUCUCCACGUUUGGACUGACUAUCCUCCAACAUCUCUACUACUAUCAUGUCCAAAGAACAGGCAUGAGGAUUAGAGUGGCUAUGUGUCACAUGAUCUACAGGAAGGCUCUUGGUCUCAGCACUGAAUCCAUCGGACGAACAACCACCGGUCAAAUAGUGAACCUACUUUCAAAUGAUGUUAAUCAUUUUGAUGAGAUUACACUCAGACUGCACUACUUGUGGGCGGGCCCUCUGCAAGCAAUGGUGAUCAUCGUUUUCCUUUGGUAUGAGAUCGGCCCCUCGUGCCUGGCAGGUGUGGCAACAAUUGCAGUUAUGAUGCCGAUACAGACCUGGUUUGGAAAACUCUUCGGCAUCUUCAGGAGCAAAACAGCAGUCCUUACUGACAGCAGAAUCCGUAUCAUGAAUGAAGUGGUGUCUGGCAUAAGGAUAAUCAAGAUGUAUGUCUGGGAGAAACGGUUCUCAGCCCUGGUGACUGAAGUUAGAAAGAAAGAAAUCAGUCGGAUAUUAAAGAGCUCCUUCCUACGAGGACUCAACAUGGCUUCCUUCUUUGCCAGCAGCAAGCUCAUAAUCUUUGUUACCUUCACGGUCUACACUCUUUUGGGGAACACCAUGACUGCCAGCCAGGUGUUUGUCACCAUGUCCCUGUAUGGUACAAUUAAGGUCACCCUGACCCUGUUCUUUCCUCUGGCCAUUGAGAAGUUGUCAGAGACUUUAGUGAGCAUUCGCAGGAUUAAGAAUUUUCUCCUACUGGAAGAGAUUGAGAGAAAAAACAUUAUGUUGCCUUUGGCGGAAAAGGGGGGAAACUCUAUUGAGAUCGAGAAACUGACCUGCUACUGGGAUAAGGUGUAG